GAAUCAACCAGCGAUUACGCAAAUUCCGGCGGAUCUGCCCACCACUCACCAGUAUCAAUUAUGUUGGAUUUGGAUCGCUGUCUCUUCCAAGCUCCCUGCAGCAGCAGCACUUUUAUUAAUUUGAUGAAGUCCUAAGGUUGCUCUUCUUUAAUCUUGAACAGCUUCUGCAGAUGCAGUUUUUCAUUUUGUUUGCGGUAAAUCAUAUUGAUCUGCUCAUGCGCUUUCGACGCAACGGUGUAUGAUUAAUUUCCCAGUUCUGCAUCCAAAUUCCUGAUCCCAUGGAAUCGUUACAGAGUAUUUUACAGUUUCUAAACGAUCCGAAGCUGGUGUACCGUUUCCAGAACUUUUGCGGACUGCGGAAGCUGACGCUGACGGAGGAUGUUGACGGCCGAAGAACAAGCUUCCUCAAGGGCGACAAAGGUAUUGAUGCAUUAUUUUCGGCCGUGGAUCGAGACUCGCGCUUCAUUUCGCAAGACGAACUCGUGCAGCGCCACAUUGACCACAUUAAACAUUCGGAUGAGCCUGCAACGGAGUCUCCGUCGUCCGACAAAACUAAUCAUGCCCGCACGGUUCCGAAGACUUCUCCUAAAACGAUUAACAAUACUGCGAAACAUUUGAAGCAUUCUAAAAAAGAGGAAAAAGUCAGCAGCGAAGAGAUGCCGCAGUACCAUAUCAGCUCCAAAGCUCUGUAUUAUUUGUUCCGUUUUGGAUCGAGCCUGGGCUAUGAAGCGUUUUACGCCACAUUCUUCCCUGUUUGGAACUGGAAUAUUGAUGGAGCAGUGUGCAGGCGGGUCCUUUUUAUUUGGAUUGCUACCAUGUACAUUGGACAACUGCUGAAAGAUAUCUUGAAAUUGCCUCGUCCAUCGCCCAGGAUUGUGGUGCAAAUGGAACCGCAUUAUGUGAAUGAAUAUGGCAUGCCGAGCACCCAUGCGAUGGUUGGAUUCAGCGUUCCAUUUGCCUUACUGUACUUCAGUUCUUUGCGGUACCAGUUCCCGUUUAUUUUGGGCCUGUUAGUUUGUUCGGUAUGGUGCCUCCUGAUUUGCUCGAGUCGGGUGUAUUUGGGAAUGCACAGUCUGUUGGACAUUCUGGGAGGACUGCUGCUGGUCUCAAUCUUAUUUGCGAUAAUUCUGCCCUUUUCGGAUGCAAUUGAUAAUUUCCUUUUAACCAGCCAUCUGGCACCUUUUGUUAUUCUAAUUUUGUAUCUCACCCCGUCCCUAUACUAUCCGCAGAGUUUUUCUGAAGAAAUUACCAAGGGACAAUGGGGCCCGACUUGGGCAGACACGGUGACCAUCUUAGCGGUGGGAUACGGCGUGACCACGGGAUCGUGGCUGAAUUAUCAGAUGGGGCUGAUAGCGGCGCCGGCACUCACCCCUGACGGCGCAUUGCCGCUGCCACCGCCGUACCCGAUCGUUUGGCCCAGCUCGCAGGAGUGGAUUUAUGUUGUUUUACGAGCGGUUGUGGGUUUGGCGUGUCUGGCCACAGUGCGAAUAGCGGGAAAAACUAUGGCAUAUCUGGCUGUUUGUAAACUUUUCGGAAAAGACCCUAACGAGGUGAAGGGAAAAAAUUUGGUCAAAGUGGAAUUGCCGGUGAAAUUUUUUACAUAUUCCGCAAUCGGUCUCGCAGUGUCAUUUUUUAUCCCGGCUUUAUUUCGUGGCCUUCACAUUGCUAGGGAUACGAUGUAUACGGAAGUUUGAGUAUGCGGUGAACCCCAGAUUAGAAUUUUUCAGCGUACAUUUGUUACAGUUAUUAUUAAACUAUAAUUAUGGACACAUUCCCUUUUGUAGUCGUGCUUCUCAUAGCUCUUUCAUGUUCCUAUGCUCUGUAAAAUUCAUCGUGAUACGAUGGAUGGAAUUAUGGAAAUGCUGCUGCUUGAUUUUUGUUGAUACGAUGCUGUUAAAUUUAAUUUAUUGACUUAUUGUGCAGCUUCAACACUCCAGUGUAUUAAAUUCUCACUUCA